GCCGGCGCCAAGGCUUUCUACAACUGCUCUCCGCAGGAGGCACAUUGCCGCAAGCUGCUGGUGCACCAGGAGGCUUUGGCAGGAGUGGUCGACCGCUACAUGCAAGCAGUGCUGUUUGCUCUGGAUGACAUCGCCCUGGCCCACGAGACGCUCCGGGCCGGUCUCCAUCAGGCCGCCGACUUGGUCCAACCGGGUUGGCUGGAGCACGUCGACGCACUCGCCAGCUCUCUGCGUCAGGGUGCCGAAGAAGGUCGGGCAAUGCUUGCGGCUGCAGCCACCGAGGUGGCCCACAUCCGAGGCCGGCAUCGCGAGGCUGUGCAGCUUGCAUCGGAGGCUCAGGCAGCCGCCAUGCGGCGGCAGCACUACGAAGAGAAAGUGCGGCGAUUGCGUGAGGACUUGACCAAAGCUCGAGAGUCCCUGGGAUCCGCCGCCUUGGAUCCCGACGACCGCCGGGGCUCGGGGCUACUCUCAAAGUCGCUGAAUCAGCGAAAGACCAACAACUACGACCUGAAACAGGGACAACUCUGCCGCAACGAAGAGAAGCUGACGCGCAUGGUGGAGCUGCAUCAAAAUGCCCACGCAUCGUCGCUGCGGUCCCUUCUCUUCUGCGUCACCUUCGGGAGGCAAAAACUCCAGGUGAUGUUCGAAGAGAUCCUGCGCUGCUGCAUG